AUUAGCACUGGAGAUGACUGUGUUUCCAUUGGCCAAGGCACCACCAAUAUCAACGUUCACAAUGUCACCUGUGCCCCAGGACAUGGAAUCAGUGUGGGAAGUUUAGGAAAAUACCAAGAUGAGAAGGACGUUGUGGGAGUUACCGUCACAAAUUGCACGUUGAGAAACACCACAAAUGGAUUAAGAAUCAAGACAUGGGCUGAUUCACGUCCAACCCAAGCUUCCAAAAUCAGUUUCCAAGACAUUAUCUUAGAUGCAGUMAAAAACCCCAUUAUCAUAGAUCAAAGCUAUGGCUCCAAAGAUAAGAGCAAACCCCCAUCUCAAGUGAAGAUAAGCGAGGUCAAUUACAAGAACAUUCGAGGCACGACGAUUUCGGUCGUCCCCGUUUCGUUGCAGUGUAGUGCUAAAGUUCCGUGCGAGGGCGUCAAAUUGGAAGAGAUUGAYAUGUCCUUUGUUGGCUCAGAGAAGAAGAAGGCAGCUUUUGGAAAUUCAUGUUUGAAUGCCAAGAUUACAACCGUAGGAAAACAAAUCCCACCAGCUUGUGCUGUUUAAUUUUGAAACAUUCAUUUAUAUAGCUCAUAUUCUUUCAGAUUUGUCAAUACAACAAAUUUGCCAUUUUAAUGUCAGAAAAAAAAAUUCGGAUGAAA